AUGGGUGCGGUGUGGAUGCAAUGGAGUCGCUGGGAUGCGUACGCGUGCACGGGAAGGAUGAACGAGGAGGAACAGAAGAAGAGUAGCAGCCGUCGUGACCGUCGCCGAUCCAGCAGGGACAGGCGGUCGGACAAGAAGGGCAAAAGCAAAAGGCGAUCAUCAGACAAGAAGGGAUCCAAAUCUUCUGGUGAAGCAACACCGGGCCCAGUGCAGCUCUCACAGUUCCUUGGUCGUGACGAUGGCUCCACACGCUACAGUGUCAUAUCUGGCAAGAAGAUUCGCAUGAAGGUGGAUAAGACAAAGGACGACAAGGUAGCUGAAGCCAAUCGUUCUGAGCUGCUGCGCUUCCUGAAUUCAAGCUACGACUAG